UAUGAUUUUCUCUUUUUUCUUAUUUAUUUUUCUGAUUUUUGGAAUUUAAAAAAAAACAUGAAAAUAAAAAGAAAAAUAAAUCUAUUCCCUAAUAACCCACCUAAACCCCACCCCAUCCACGUUUCUUUAUACUCUCUCUCUCUCUCUCUCUCUCUCUCUCUCUCUCUCUCUCUCUCUCUCCAAUGCUUUGCCACUAACCACCCCUACUGUCGGAAACCACCAUCAUCGUCGGAAACCGCCACCAUUUUCGCCAGAAACCGCCAUUGCUGUCACUAGAAGAUUUGAAAGACGACAUUGACCUCUUCUUCGGAAUGCCUUCGAUCCAAAAACCCUUGUCAGAUAUUUCCAAAUAUGUUCAGAUAUGUUCAUCAUUAGAGUCAUCACCCUCUUUCUCAGGUCGUCCUUCUCCGACUCGAUUUCUAGCAGACAACGGUGGUGGUUUCAUGGUGGUUUCCAAACAGUUUGCACACGUUUACAAAUCGGGAUGCUCCCUUGCAUCGUCGCCAAUGAAUUGUGGCUCGAGUUUUCGACGAACUGUGGCUCUAGAUCGCCCUUCUCUGCUCUAGUUUCCUUCUCUAGCGAUAUCAUAGAAUGCAAGAGUUCUUUUCCAUCUUCUCCAAUGGAGAUGAAGGACAACAGAUAUUUCCAAAUUUGUUUCGAUGGUCGUUCGACGGCUUUGAAGAAGGAAGUAUGAAUAGGAAGACGAAGAUCUACAGAGUUGUUUGGGAGCUAGGGUUUUCAAAAUGUAAACCACCUUAGAUCUCGAAAAACAAAGACAAAAAAACGGUGGUGGCUUAUGAUCUAUGAAAAAUCUGAAGAGGAAACCAUCACUGAAAGUUCAGAUCUACGUCAACAUUGGCGAUGGUUAGACAAAUAAUAGUGGUUGUCGGCAAGUGGUGGUGGUGGUGGUGAUAUUUUUCUGUGAAAAAUCAGGUCAAAAAGUUUCAUUCAAUAUAGUAUAUUAUUAAGUACUUCUAAUUUUUAUCUAUGAAAUAUUAAUUUAUAAUGUAUUUUUAUUAGUAGUUUUUUAUUAAAUUAAAUUUGCAAAUAAAUAGUUUAUGUUAGUUUUUUUAUAGAGUUUAUUAAUAUUUUUUAUAGAGUUUAUUAAUAUUUAAAUUAUAUAUUUUUUAAAAUGUUUUGAUUCUUGAAAAGCGAAUUGAAAAAAUUGAGUUAAACAAAUAAUAAUUUGGUUGGAAUGGACCGGAUUUUGAAUUUAGUUUUAACUAUUCAAUAUAUGUUGUGAAAAUCAAAAUUAAUUUGAAUUCACUUCGGAUUAGGGGAUUUGGUUAGGGAGAUACAAAAAUAAUACUUCAAGAUCCAUAAGGUGCAUGGGGUCUUUGUUCUUCUUAGCAUAUAUUAUUUUGGCACAAAUAUUUUAAACAAACACCCUAAAAACUAUAGUGUUUAUAAAUUUGCUAGAGAUUAUUAUAUCGUGUUGUUGGAUUAUAAAGUUUAUGAGAUAUAUAAGAUCAACCCUUAACUAACAAGAAAAGUAGGCUUGUGUUGGAGUUGGACUGUUGGCUCUUCUUAAUAAACAACAGAGUAAAUUACACGAAUUGUCUCUCGUGUAGGUGACAAAAAGCACGUUCAGUCCCUAUUUUUAAUAAUUAACUUAGACCAUCCCUCAUUUGUUUUGAACUUGCAAGUUUUGUCCAUGUUGGCCUGAAAUGACUAUACUGCCCUUUCUCAUUUCUUUUUUAGUUUCUUUUUAAUUUGUUUAUUACAUUUAAUAAAAAAAUAAAUGCGGACUUUCUCGUGACCCUGCAUUCACCCAUCCCCAUUCUUUUAGGUUUGUUGUUUGUUUGGGUAUCAAUCUGGCAUCACCAACACCAUCUGCCACCACCAUUACCACCGUCUAGCACCAUAAUCUACCACCAGUAACCCAAAGUGAUAGAGAUCAGAUGUUCUGCUUCCCACAAAAUCAAAAACAUAUCACAAGUGUUGUUUGUUUUUUACACAAUCGCACACAUUAGUUCACGAAAUCGAAUCACCCACCAAAAUCAAUCACUAAAAUCGAAUCCCCUACCAAAAUUUCCCAGUGAAAACGAAUUCAAUCUCAUUUCAGUUUUCAAUUGGGAUUAAGUAACAAAAAUAUAAUCGGAUUUUGUGAGGGGGUUUACAUUGUUAAUCACCACCAUAUUUGGCUGUGAGUGAAGCUUGAAUUGAACAUUGAGGUGAAGGUUUGAUUCCGACGUCAAGGAGAUGAAAAUAGAAGAGAGAUAGAGAUAGACAAAUAAUGAUCUUACAGAGAAGAUCUGCACUCCGACAGUCACCCAAAACCCUAGCCGCCAUCGACUUUUCCUCUUUCUCCAACAAUACCACCGAUACCUAUUCUGACACUACCCAUCAACACUAGGUCACAAUCUGUAGCAAGAUUCAGACCACAUAUCAAAAUUGAUGCUGAGAUCCACAUCAGAAAAUCAGAAAUCAAAAUCAACGAUGAUAGCUGCACUUGGUUCCUAUUCAAACGGAAAAGAGAAAAAGAAACUAGCGUGCUACAACGUGUAAAUUUAAAAUAACAAGGGACAAAGCGUGCAAAUUUUAAAAUAAUAAGGGAUGGUUCGAGUUAUUUUUUGAAAAUAGGGACCAAACGUGUCUUUUAACACUUGCACGAGGACGAUUAGUGUAAUUUACUCUAAACAAUAAUGCCAUUGUUGUAGUAUGAAUUAGUACAUCAUCGGCCCACACGCGUCUGGGAAACGCAAACCCGCCGAGGAUUUGAAAUCUUGUGGUUAAAGGUAAUCGCAAAAUUGUAUCUUCAACAACAAAUUUUCCGUUCGUCCUUGCUUCUAUUCAACGUAAUCUCCGUUUUCUCUUUUCCCCAAUCAAUAUUUCCCCCCUUUUUUUGUUUGUCAUAGAAUGAUUUUAUUAAGUAAGCGGUGAGAUAUGAUUUUAAUAACAUUGAGGGCUUGUUAUCGGUUUUGCAGUCUUGGUAAUCUCACGUCUCAAAGUCAACCGAAAGAUCAACGAUAUGUUCAAGUUUUGGGGUUCUCAAGAACAACAAGCUGAUGUUGAUCCAAGGCCACAGGAAGUUUCUACAAUCUCAUGGUAUUCCCCCUCAUCAAGUUCUUCUUCUCGACCCUCAACACCUAAUUCCAUCAACACCAUGCAAAGGCCUGGAGAUCAACCUCAACCUCACUUAUUAUUUCCUGUUUCUCCUACAGAGGCUGCUGCCAUAAUUGUUUAUCUAAAAGACAAAAGUGAUGAUGAGUUGAGGAAACUUUUGUCUGACAAAGAGGCCUAUCAACAAUUCUUGCUUUCACUUGACCUUAUCAAAACUCCAAAUAAUUUAAGAGAUGAACUCAGGAAUGAAACUCUGCAACUUGCUAGAGGAAACUUGGCAAAAGAAUCAUGUAUGACAGAACUGCGCAACCAAUGCAUGAUCAUAAGAACAACUGAAUUGGCAACUGCUGAAGAGAAGCUAAAUGAGCUCAACAGGCAAAAAACAGAAAUCCUCAGAUCUUACUCCGCAGUCUCUUUGUUACACCAACUUCAAGAGCUGAUAAAUAAGACGGAUGAAGAAUCUGAAAUGUUGCAUAAACAACUACUUGAAAAGGAGAUGGAUGUUCCAAGUUUUGUUCACAAGUACAAGAAGUUGCGUGUGGAUUACCAUAAACGUGCUCUAACACACCUUGCAGCCACUACAUCUUUGUCGGGUUAACCGGUUUCUUUAUUUGAAAUUGAACAUUGCUACAAGUAACAUAUUGUAACUACAAGAGAUUUCAUCUUGUUGUGUUUGUAAAUUUGUUGAAUCUUUGAAAAAGAACCAGGGUUUUGUUUGUUUUUUA